AACCUCAUUCGUGUCGACUGCCCAGAGUCCACGAACUCAGCCUUUCAAAAGCUCCAGCACAAGGAUUCAGGACAUUUCACUACCUAGCAAAAGAGAGGAAGAAAUAAAGUCACACUCCUUUUCAUGAUUGCAUACUUUUCCUAACAUCUGUGGUGCAUUCCAGGAUCUCCUUGUCGAAACAUGUCUCUCUAUAGCUUUGGACUGGAGCCUCUGUCCUGUCAUGCCUGGAACAAAGACCGGACUCAAAUCGCCAUUAGUCCCAACAGCAGUGAUGUGCACAUUUAUCAAAUGAAUGGAAAGGAAUGGAUUAAGAUUCAUGAACUGACUGAACACAGUGGUCGAAUCACAGGGAUUGACUGGGCCCCAGAGUCUAAUCGAAUAGUGACUUGUGCCUCGGACAGGAAUGCCUAUGUAUGGACACUCAAGGAUGGGGUCUGGAAGCCGACACUGGUGCUGGUUCGCAUCAAUCGAGCUGCCACAUGUGUCAAGUGGUCGCCUCUUGAGAACAAGUUUGCUCUUGGAAGCGGGGCCAAACUUAUUUCCAUCUGCUACUUCGAAAAAGAAAACGACUGGUGGCUGAGUAAGCAUAUCAAGAAACCCAUUAACUCCACGGUUCUAAGUCUAGACUGGCAUCCCAACAACAUGCUGCUGGCUGCCGGCUCUGCUGAUCUCCACUGCAGAAUAUUUUCAGCAUAUAUCAAGGACAUCGAGGACAGGCCUGGACCAACACCAUGGGGUUCCAAAAUGCCCUUUGGGGAGUUGCUUCUGGAGUAUAAGGAGUGUGGUGGCUGGGUGCACAGUGUCUGUUUCUCUCCAUCUGGUGAUUCUCUGGCCUGGGUUAGCCAUAACAGCGCCAUCAAUGUAGCAGAUGCUUCACAGGGGAAAGAGGUCACUCAGUUGACUACAAGACAUCUCCCAUUGCUGAGCGUGCUGUAUGUCAGCGAGACUGAGAUUGUAGCUGCGGGCCAUGACUGUUGCCCUUAUCAGUUCUCAUACAAGGGUCCUGGAAGCUUGGAGUUUGUGAAGAAAGUAGACAUUCCUAAGCAGAGCUCCAAGGGCAACAUGUCUGCCAUGCAGCAUUUUCGAAAUCUGGACAAAAAGGCGACCACUGAGGAGGAAGACACUGGGUUGGGCAGUUUGCACCAGAACAGCAUCACCCAGUUGUGUAUUCUGGAAGGGUUGAAGGCCAAGGUGGAGAAAUUCAGUAGUGUGGGCUUGGAUGGUGCCAUGGUUGUCUGGGAUUUUAAGCACUGAAACUCCAUGGGAUCUGGAGCGAGCAGAAAACAAUUAUAAUCUGGAUCGACUGUAUAUGUUUGUUUUCCUCACAUGCUUUUUUUUUUUACUAAUAGCUCCCAUUCAAAGCUUUUUUAAUCUAUGAUUGCAUAUUCCUAUAUUGGAAGUAUGCAUUUUUCCCACUUAAAGUAUUAAUUAAUCAAAACUGCAAAAAAAAA